AUGGCAGCCUCACAACCCUUCGGUGUCUUCAUGGAAAGUGAUUUUACCGUCGCUUCACCGGUCAUUGCUGUAGGAUUACAGUUCUUACCAAAACACACAGCUGCUAAGCGGUUUGUUCUACCAUUUCCCAGCAGCUACAUGUUCGAGUACGAGUUUGAUGAUCCCGUAAAUGACCAAGGAUACACCAUUGAAAAUCCAGGUGCAACAGUGACACGAGCAGAAGGUGCACCGGUGUUUGUAGAGGGAGAUUUGAACGGUGCAUCGGAUGCGCUUGAAAUAAUCUCAGCCAACCCAAUACAUGUUCACGGAAUUGUUCCAACUCAAUCCACACAAGCUGGUAAUGGUCUAGCGGGCUUUGUUCUUCCCUCACUUGAACAGUGGUCCUCUAGACAACAUUUCUACGCGAUGGAAGGAAAGAAAUACGAUCUUAUUUUCGUCUCUCACAAAGGCGACAUGGAUGAUAUAAAGAUCAAGCUUGGGUCCAUCACAACCUCUUUCAUUGGCUCUACUUUGAGUUCACAGACCGGCUUCUCCAAGACAGAAGUAACGCGAGUAAUGGGCGAAACCGAUCCGUCUAGGUUCGAAUAUUACGAACAUUCAGAUUUCCAAGUGACUAACACUGACGACUAUCGGACUGAAUGUGGCCUGGUCGAGUUUCAAGCAGCACCUAACCGCCCGUUUAUGCUGAUUAUAUUUGAGAAGACCGAUGCCGGUGUGCUUCAUGAAGCCUACUUGCCAUUUGGUGUUGGAUAUCCUCCAAUCAACCUCUGCACAGACACAUCAAGUGAACAUACCUUUUCCUCUCGAUUUGCGGGAUCCUUCUCCUCCAAGCCAGGUGACCUAUUAGAUAACGACUGUGAUGGAUUUACGGACGAGGAGGUGUUGAAUGGAGAAGAUGAUGAUGGUGACGGCUAUAUCGAUGAAGACUUGGCUCUUAGGGAAAUAUUCGAACGAGGGAUAAAAGUGAAUGAACUUUUUUAUGAUACAACCAACCCGUCCAAUGCUAAGAACUUCAUUAUAGUCAAUGGGUGUCAAGAGUUUAAACCGGCAACUGAAAGCAUUGGCCAUUUUACUCUGAACACGGCACUGAGCGAUGUUUUUGACGACUACUGGGUUAUUGAAACUAACCCAUUCAAUGCUUUUAAGGUAGCCGAUGCACCGUUCCUUUUCUUUGGAGUGAAAUAUGAAGUGUGUUACGACGGGGACCUGCCAACCACGUGUGUCCAACCCACGAUUGCAUCAUGCGCUUCGGCUCAGAGAAAAAGAAGGGACAUUUCUGGCGCCAUCUCUGAACACUUUGCCUCUGUUCAUGUGUCAAUUAGCGGGAACAGGACGGAUGAGUACGGUUCUUCAAAUACAAAGAAACAUAGCAAAGUCAUAACCGACGAGCACUCAUGUGAAAAAGACACCAACUUUUGGUUAUCCAUUGCUGGCUUUGGCGCUAUCUCUUUGAUGGAACUGUUUAUGAUUGGUGGAAUGAUGUGGUACAAACGUCACGUGAUUAGACUGUUGCCGUAGAUGGACCCGAACAGUCGAUGAGACCUUGAUUGGAUACAGAAUAUCGGACACAUUUCUUUUUUCCAUAAUAAAAUACUACGAACAAACAAACUUUAUUGGAUCAUCUUCUAUUCUAAAUUUUAAUGAAUUUAUUUUUUGAAAUAAUACUAGUUCACCAAUUUUUUUGCAUUUGAAGAUACCAUUGCUGAAAGAAGCAAUAGUCGAUUCACUAAAUUAUUUUAAUCUGUACAUUUUUUAACAUAUACAUUUUAUUCUGAAAAUGAAAAAAAAAUGCUAUUAAAAUAUUCCAUUUC